GUGAAUAUUUUAAUAUUUCUUAAUUAUAAACAACCACUUUUACUGUGUUUAGAGUUUAAUAAAGUAUCCAACCAACUAUAGCUAGCUAGCUCUAGCUACAAUGGCUGAAGGAUCGGGAACGGAGUUUAAAGUGGGCAUGAGGGUCACAGUCAAGGACAAGGGCUAUGCUGGGACCAUCAGGUAUGUUGGCGUAACCAAGUUUGCCCCUGGCAAGUGGGUGGGGGUGGAGCUGGACGAGCCUAAGGGCAAGAACAACGGAGCACUCCAGGGAAAGACAUACUUCAUGGCCAGAGACAACUACGGAAUAUUUGUCAGGCAGAACCAGAUUCUGGCCAUACCCAGUGUGAAUGCUCCUGGGGGCUCUGGGGCACAGUUGAAGAGGCCACUAUCUGGCAAGAAGUCCCCCCAGCCCUCUCCUCCAAGAUCUGUCCGUCCAUCCAAAGAGUCCCCUCUCCUCGCGUCCCAAGAGGGGCGGAGGAAGACACUCGAGGCUGGCACUGCUAAGAAGGGCAAGAGUGGAUCCAGUAGCGGGUCACAGACACCAGAGCCAACACCUAAGUUUGCUCCAGAGCCUGCCGCCGUGCCUAAUGAGGUCACUGAUCUCCAGCAGAGACUGGCCAUCUUACAGGGCAAGAGAGCCGAGGACAAAACCAAGAUCAAGGAACUCGAGAAGUACAAGGCCCAGUUCAACCAGAUGAUGGAGUACAAGCAGAGGUGGAGUGAGUCACAGACAGAGCUGCAGCAGCUACUCAAACUGGCUAAAAAGGAGGCCCGAGAGUGGCAGCUGGCCAAGGAGAAGGCAGAGGAGGAGUUGGGGGAUUUAUCUGAUGCCGUGGAGAUGGCAACUCUUGACAAAGAAAUGGCCGAAGAAAGGACUGAGAGCCUCGAGUCAGAGAAUGAGGCACUAAAGGAGAAGGUAGAGGAGCUGACCAUUGACCUGGAGAUUAUCAAGCAGGAGAUCAGUGAGAGUGGCGUAGAGGGAGCAGCUGCCAACGCUCAGUUCAAGCAGAUAGAGCAGCAGAACUCAAGACUCAAGGAUGCUCUCGUUAGGCUUCGAGACCUGUCAGCCCAGGACAAGCUAGAGCACCAGCGAGUGGUCAAGGACUUGGAGAAGAAUGCGUCAGAGCUGAACCAACUCAAAGAGGACAGAGAUAAGAUAGCGAAGGAACUGCAGGAAUCUGAUGAGAUCAUUGACGAGCUCAAGGAACAGGUGGACAUUGCCCUAGGCGCUGAGGAGAUGGUGGAGAAACUGACUGACACUAACCUCGAGUUAGAAGAGCAACUGAACACGCUCACAGACACGGUGGCCGACCUCGAGGCCCUCAGGGACUUGAGUGAGGAGCAGGAAGAGCUGCGGAUGGAAGUGGAGCAUGAACUGAGGGAGGAGCUAGACCUCAGCCUCAACAGCACUAGACAGGUGGAGCGCAAACUUGAUGCAGCCCAAGAGACCAUAAUUGAUCAGCAACAGACGAUUGAGAAGUUUCGAGAGCUGGUCCACAAUCUCCAGUCUGAUCUGACUGACCUGCGAGAGCGUGGGGAGAGGGCUGGGGACAGUGGGAGCAGUGGGACGGACACUCAGAAGGUCAUGAACCUCAACGUGCAACUCAAGUCUGCCAUCAAGGCACAAGCGAGGACGAUUGACUUUGAGUUGCGUAAGCUGGACGCACAACAAGCAGCUGAGCAUAUCGACCUUCUCAACUCCUUCAUGCCCAACUCAUUCCUCGUCAGCGGAGGGGACUAUGAUGCCCUGUUGGUGCUCAUGCUUCUCCCUCGACUGACCUUCAAGGCGGACAUGCUCAAGGAUCAGCUGAGACAACAACAUAAACUGGACGAGGCUCUCGGAUCAUUGAGCACCCUCACACCCCAGCAAGCAGACCAGUUGACCUUUGUACUGGCACUGGUGUACAAGCUGAGCACACUGCAGCUGCUCGUGGCUCGGGCAACAAGGAUUCUGAAUGAGUGUGAUGUGGGGCUGUAUCGUGGAGUGGGCGGGGUCAGAGAUGACCUCAACAUCCACGAGAAGGCUCUGGACAUUCUCAUAGAGCUCCUCAAGAAGGAACAGCUGGAUGAGAGUGUACCACUGCACGGACUGGACAAAGCCAUCACUCACUUCGAGAACCUCCUCACUACACGGCUACAAUACGAGACCCCCCUCAGCUGUGGGAAGUCAGAGGACCUCCUGUCUAGAAUGAGUGUCCUCUCCUCUGGUUGUGACUUCCUCUCUAUUGAGCUGCUUCGUCUGAGGGGGUUGGGGCAAGAGGGCGGAGUCUGGGUCACUCAAAUCAAAGAGAUGGAGAGCUUUAACAAUGAUCUCAGACAAGCUUGCAGGAAGAUUCGCCGCAAGGUACCUGCCUCUAACUCUCGUCGCAUGUUGAGGUACGACAGCACAGUGAGUGAGACUCUGAACAAGACAGGGCAGAGACAGCUGGUCCUCAUUGAUGCUUUCAAGGCACUCCACCUCAAGGCCAGUCAGAAGGCUAACAGUCUCACUGGCUCUGAGAAACUAACGAGUGGUGAAUUGGAGGGGCUUACUCGUGAGGUGGUGACCAGUGGAGCUCUGUUGGAGUUUAGCAUUGAGGGGAAGGACGCUAAGGAGCAGCUGCGUGCUAACAUGACCACCAACGCCACCUCUCUCGAUGGAUUCCUCGUCUCUUUAGGGGAGGGGAUUUACGACACACAGGCCACUAAGUCUAAGCCCGAGGCUCCGGCUGUUGUGAGGGCUAGAGCUGUGAAGGCGGAGCUUAGCGAUGUAGAGGGGCUGGGCUUUAAGCUGGAGGAGAGACGGAAGGACAUCAUGGAGCUUAAAAAAGCUCUCAAAAUGAAGGGCCAGGAGCUGAGCGAGGCUGGAGUGAAGAUAGGGUUACUGGAGAAGAAGGUGGAGUCGGCUGAUGGCGAGUGUGAUAAGAAAGUGGGUGUGGAGAGGGAGGAGCAAGACAGGUUGCGGAGGGUCAUGGAUGAGCAAGAAAGAAAGUUCAACAAGACCAUUGAGAUCUUGCAAGGAGACAUAGAGGCUCUUGAAAAUGAUAAGACAUCGCUGGAGAAAAAAGUCGAGGUUCAGUCGAAACGAGGCAUCUUAUCGGACAUUACGGUUGCCGGGAGACGCACCCUCGGGGGUAGGGGAAGUCCCUACUCGAGUCCAUUCAGCAGCCCAAACAUGCCACAUCGUGACAGUAGUGGGAGUGUGAGGAGUGGAGGAAGUGAGGCUGUAACUGUUGACAACACGCUACAGACACCGCUCCUCUUGUCGAGGAUAGAGUCUUUGAAGAAAGCUCUCGGCUUCUCCCAGCAUGACAACUUCAAGCUCAAAGCACAGAUAGCCAAGGCUCAGCUCAACUCUCUGCCUCCAUUGCACGUGCCUAAGAGGCUGAUUCACAAGAGGAAAGAGGAAGAUGACAAAGAUGGAGACAAUCAGACCGAUCAUGAGAAGUCUGUACUCAAACGAACAGCUGCCCUCAUUGAGGAUAUAAAGAGGUUCUCGUUGCCCAAAGUCAUCUCUCUAGACGUUGGUGUCCCUGCCGACAAGAAGCCUUCACCGAGGGAACAGCUAUCUAAUCAGGUUGCCAACAUCUUUGAAAUGCAACGUCAAGCUCAGCAGCUCAAGGAAGAUGUGACUAGACUGAUAGCCAGUAACUACCCUGGUGGCGUCAUCUCUACACAGCUGGCUUCUUUCACCUCCCCACAAUUUGCAAAGGCCCUGAAUGAAUCUACCCAGCCGUCUGUCCUGGCCGCUCGACUGAAGCUCCCACUACCCCCCGGGCAGCGGCAGUCAUGUGGGGGGUCUCAUCGCGUUGUGGUCAGUCCAGCUCAGUUCUCUCUGUUGCACUCCAGCGUGAUCAGCUGACUGUGAACAGAUGUGUAGUGUUAAAUUGAACAUAAUUAUUGUUAUAAUUUAUUAUGAACAAAAACUUCCUAAUUUGUGGGCGCAUAGAUAUUCUUAUAUCAUUGUAAAUAAUAUAUAGUAUAAU